AUGGAAACUAAAAUAAGUACAAACGAUAUUAAAAUCCAGCAAGAAAACGAACCGACUACUUUUAAAGGUCUAUUAACUGAUUUUGCAAACAAUACCACUCUACAUGGUCUCCCAAGGGUCAUAACUAGCGCCCAAUUGAUCCGUAAGUUCGUGUGGUUUUGUAUAUUUUUCGGAAGUUUUGGUUACUUCAGCUUUCAAGUUGCAGAGCUAAUAAACGAUUACUACAAGUGGCCUGUACUGAUACGGAGUGAGAUGAAAUUACGGACAUUCAUGGAGGUUCCUGCAGUGACUAUAUGCAACAUGAAUAUGUUGCGAAGAAGUAAAAUAGAAGGAACCAUGUUCAACAGCCUCGUAGAACUAGACAAUGACACUGCAAACGAAAUCAUUGAGAAACAAGAUACGACGGAAAAUGAAAUUAAUAACCAGAACCAGAUCCAGAAUUCAGACAAGACAUCUAGGAAGAAAAGAAAUAUAAAUAUGAUACAGAAAUCAAUUCAGCGUCCAAUGUCUAAAGAAAAUAAUGCUUUGAAGGGGCACGAGAACAAAUUCGAAAUCUCUCGAGUCAAAACCAAAUCAAUGGAAUCCGUCAACAAUAUACUGGCUUUUGAACAUGAGGGUUCUGGUUCUACUAAAAUUGAACACACAUUUUUCGAUGGAUCACUCCCGGAAAAUGAAGCAGACGACCCUCAUUCAUUAAAUGAUGAAUAUAUUGCACUUGAAGAUGGCCAUUCUGUUGAGCCAAUCGACGAUACGAAUGACAAUGGCAGGAGAGUGAGACGUGAAGUGGCUGGUGGUAGUGGUGGUGAAGCCACCGAUUCAUAUGUAUCCGAUCCAACAGACACCACAACUGACUCGUAUGACACCUAUACUGAUCCAACAGACACCACCACUGACUCGUAUGACACCAAUACUGAUCCAACAGACACCACCACUGACUCGUAUGACACCAAUACUGAUCCAACAGACACCACCACUGACUCGUUUGACACCAAUACUAAUCCAACAGACACCACCAUUGACUCGUAUGACACCAAUACUGAUCCAACAGACACCACAACUGACUCGUAUGACACCAAUACUGAUCCAACAGACACCACCACCGAUUCGUAUGACACCAAUACUGAUCCAACAGACACCAUCGAAGACUCAUUUGACACCAAUACUGAUCCAGUUAGCACAAAUACUUACCCAAUCUACACAGAUAGCUAUCCAACUGACCCAAACGCCGAUCCAAUGGACUUCGACACCUACCCAACUGAGAGUUACACCGAUCCAAAUUUUCAAAGCUCCGACUAUUAUGAAUCUUAUGAAUACAGUGAAUAUGAGUCUUCGGAACAGGAAAUGGACCAGGAAUCCGGAGAAGAUCCAGGGUAUGACGUCCCUUUCCAAUUUGAACAGUCGAAAUUAAUGGGGAUCAAAGACCCAAAUAACUAUGCUGAAAUACUGAGACUAGCCGAAGCGGAGGAUUUGAGCGAUAUAUUUGGUUUAGCCUCGCCGACUGUGGAGCAGCUAGACGAAUAUGGACACAAUUUAUCAGACUUGGUGGCUCUCUGUACAUUUGAUGGAGAGAACUGUAACAGGAGCAGUGAUCAUUGGUUGGAAACUUACAACAAGUACUAUGGCAAAUGCUACACCUGGAAUAGUGUGAUUAACAAACCGAGGGGAGAAAGACCCCUUGUAACAACCAAUUUUGGAUCCCGUUAUGGUCUUAGACUGACGCUUAACGUUGAGCGAGACGAGUACACUGGAUUGUUUUCCCCCACGUAUGGCACCAGGGUAGCUAUUCACGAUAGCUCUAUCAUCUCGUACCCCGAGAACGAUGGCAUAACUGCCUCUGUUGGAAACGAGAUGGUCAUACGUUUGCGCUUAAAAAAAUACGAACGUGAAACUGAACCAUACCCCUCAGAUUGUGUAAAAGAUGAUGAUCUUGUGAAACAAUUCGGAGGAUAUACUGUGAUUGGCUGUAUGCGGGAAUGUUUAGAGGAGAGGCUCGUUAAAAGAUGCAAAUGCUUGGACAGAAUAGUGGAGAAAGACGAGCACAGGUGUAGCUAUUUCAAUAGAACUGAAGAGUUAUGCCGUCAGAGAGUAUACUACGCUUACAAUAGUGGGAAACUUGGCUGUAAAUGUCGGGCAAGAUGCAGAGAGAAUAAGUAUGAUAUCUCAACGACCGUGUCUACUUGGCCGAGCAAACACCAUGAUUAUUAUUUGCUGAAUCGACUAAAGGAAAGGGGUAUUCAGACACUAGAAGAAAUCGAAGACAACAUCCUAAGGGUGCAUAUCUACUUUGAAGAUUUCAAUGUGGAAACAAUUAAAGAGGUGCCGGCAUAUUCUGUGAUCAGCCUUUUAAGUAACAUUGGUGGCACCAUGGGUAUGUUCGUUGGUCUCUCUAUAUGUACAUUAGGAGAAUUCCUUGAACUGAUAUGGGAAAUGAUAAUGUUACUUCGUAGAAAGAUAUCCAGAAGACACAACAUGGUGAAUGCAAGUUCUGCAUAAGCAAAUUAUCCAAUGUGUGCAUUCCAGUCCACCAAUAUUUGUGUGACGUCACCGCCUGCGUUCAGGGCGUUUGAAUUUGUUGCCCUUUUCCCGCAGACGCAGCAUUACAUACAGGGUGAUCCAGGAAUAACGCCAAAGAUAUGGCCAUUUCUGUACGAAUGAACUAAUUUUCUUGAAACUUGUUGGUACAUAUGUGCCCACAACAUUAUUGAGUCAAUUUCCCAAGAACACUGCCUGCUAUUUGAUUGGGUCAUUUUAUAUGACGUCACCAGGUGCAAACUAAAUUUUGCAAGAUACAUAGAACUCUACUCCACUUGAUCAACCUUAUCAAUAUGAAACCCAGAACAGUCUUCUCUGGGAUAAUGUCCCAGCACACAAG